GAUAUUUUGACAAUUCAAGUCCGCGAUAACUAUCCAAGUCUUCUUUCUUACGCAAAUACCAGUCGCUCCUCUCAACUCCCAACUCCAUUGGCUUUAAUCAAUCACUCUUCAGAGUAAAUCACAAGGCAAGUAAUUCUCACCGUUGUUCAUGGAGAAAAGACACUUCCGUGAAAUCCCAUAUUCUUUUUCGUCUCUUCUUUUUCUCCUCCACUUCUUAUCGCUUCAACUUCCCUCUUCAGCUUACACUCGCCCCGAAGAGUAUUUCAUCAGCUGUGGUUCAGACACCAAUAUAUCCUCCGCCGGCCGGACUUUCACCGGUGACUCAUCUUCUGGAAUUUCUCUUUCCUUCACCUUCAAAGGGCAGAGCAGCACUGUUAAAGAUAGCAACAGAUCAACAAAAACACCAUCUCUGUAUCAAACAGCUAGACUUUUCAGGGAAAAUUCAUUUUAUGAGUUCGAAAUCAGUACCUCUGGUACUUAUCUGCUACGCCUACACUUCUUUGCUUUCUCAUCCCCAGAUAAUCUCUCCGCAGCUCAUUUCGAUGUUUCGGCUUCUGGGUUUUCUUUGUUAAAGAAUUUUACUCUGCAAACCAGUAGCAGCAUUCCCUUAAUAGAGGAAUUCUUUCUUAGCAUCAGUAUAGGCAAAUUCAGCCUAAAUUUCAUGCCUCAAGGAUCAUCAUCUUUUGCAUUUGUUAAUGCAUUAGAAGUGUUCCUUGCCCCGGAGGAUUUCAUUCCUAAUGAUGCUCCACACAUCAGUCGUGCAGGAAGGAGUAGCAACAAUAGUUAUGAGGGUAUACGCUCUGAGGCAUUACAAACAAUUCACAGGAUCAAUGUUGGUGGGAGUAACCUCACGCCGGAUAAUGACACUCUAUGGAGGUAUUGGGUUCCAGAUGAUAGUUACCUUUAUAAUCCAGUCACUGCCAAGAACAGCACUUUUCAUCCAGAUAGGCCUAAUUAUCUGGAAGGAAUCAACGAAUAUAUAGCUCCGGAUCUUGUCUACCAGACCGCCAAGGAGAUGAAUAUAGAUGGAAAUAGAACUUCAAAUACCUUCAAUGUAUCCUGGUCAUUCAAUGUCAGUAAGAAUGCAAGGCACUUUGUUCGGGUUCACUUCUGCGAUAUAAUUAGUCAAUCUCUUGGUGUUUUACGCUUUAAUCUCUUUAUCUUCAGCAACUACAGCAUUUUAAUUGAUCCCUAUGACAAAACUGGCCAAUUGGCAGCGCCUUUUUAUAUUGAUUUUGUUGUGGAUUCUGAUGAUUCUGGACUUGUGAAUUUUAGCAUAGGCCCUCGGGCUGAUUCUGAUGAAAAAACUGCCUUUUUGAAUGGUCUGGAAAUUUUGCAGAUUGUGGGAGAAUCGGGUUCAGUGUCAAGAAAACAUGAGCCGAACAAGACUCCUAUCUUUAUUGUUGUUGGUUCAGUUAUUGGAGGUAUAGGUCUCAGCUGCAUUUUGGCAGUUGUUAUAUGCCUGUGCUUGAGAUGCAGGAAACCAAAAACAGUCGAAAAUUGGGAGUGGUCCCCAAGGCCUGUACGUAGAGGGGGAAGUUCUCAAAAUAGGAUGCCCGAGGGAAGCGUAAUAGGCUCCCGUGUACCUGACUUAAACCUAGGAUUAAAGAUAUCUUUUGCUGAAAUUCAGUUCGCGACCAACAACUUUGAUGUAAAAAUGAUAGUUGGUAAGGGUGGAUUUGGGCUUGUCUUUAGAGGAACUCUAAGGAAUGGAAUGAAAGUUGCUGUGAAGCGAAGUGAGCCAGGAUCAGGCCAAGGCCUUUCAGAAUUCCAAACAGAAAUUAUGGUGUUAUCCAAGAUUCGUCACCGCCAUCUUGUUUCCCUGAUUGGGUAUUGUGAUGAAAUGUCAGAAAUGAUAUUGGUUUAUGAAUUCAUGGAAAAGGGUGCACUGAGGGAUCACCUGUAUAACUUAGCUCUGCCUUCCUUAUCCUGGACGCAAAGGCUUGAAAUUUGCAUUGGUGCAGCAAAGGGCCUUCACUAUCUCCAUAGGGGUGCCGCUGGAGGAUUUAUUCACCGUGACGUUAAGUCCACUAACAUCUUGCUUGAUGAAGAGCUUGUUGCUAAAGUUGCUGAUUUUGGGCUUUCAAGAUUAGGUCCUCCUGAUCAAACCCAUGUCAGCACAGGUGUUAAGGGCACUUUUGGUUAUCUUGAUCCUGAUUAUUUCAGGACCCAACAAUUAACAGAAAAAUCUGAUGUCUACUCAUUUGGUGUAGUGCUUCUUGAGGUUCUUUGUGCAAGACCAGCUAUCAAUACCUUGCUUCCAAGGGAACAAGUAAAUCUAGCUGAGUGGGGUAUAAUUUGCAAGAACAAAGGGACACUUGAACAGAUUGUGGAUCCUUCAAUAAAGAGUCAGAUCAAUCUCAGCUCCCUAAGAAAAUUUGCUGAGAUAGCAGAGAAAUGUCUGCAAGAAUGUAGUGCUGAUAGGCCUCCUAUGGGAGAUGUGCAGUGGUACUUGGAGUAUGCAUUGCAACUGCAACAAACAGGGAUAGAGAGAGAGCCCCAUGAGGACAGUGCAACAGAUGCUUCAGCCAUGUUAGCUUUGCCUAAUAUUCAACGUUUUGCAUCUUUCAGCAUGUCAGCGGAAAAAGAUGAUAUGCCCAUCUUGAGGGAGGACAGUGCAAACAUAUGGGCAAGUGAAGUUUUCUCCCAAUUGAGAAUUGAUGAUGCCAGAUAAUAGAUAUAGAUCGUAGAGAAUCAACAACAAACCGGUGAAACACAGGCUGAGAGAGAUGCAUGGAUGCUCAGUGGCCAGAGCCUUUCCUGCUUGGUCCAGAAGCCAUGGGGAACACUCCAGCCGAUGCUGAAACUUGAUGAUCAUCACUCGCAUCCUUUGCAGACUUGGAAACAGAAGUUGCAUCUGCAGAUACAGAACCAUGCCCAGCAGGAAUAGCUUCCUGAUGGUCAGUAUUUUCCUGGCUUGCUGAUGGUGAUGAUGAAAGUGGUCUGCCAUUAGCAAGAGUUGGCUUUGAAAAUAGAAGCAUCAGCACAACCACCACGAGAGUUAAAGAGCAGCGACUCAUUGUUGGUGUUGGUAGGAUGUCUCUGCUUGGCUCCAUAUGGUGUUAACUACUCUUCAAAUAUUCUUUUGUAGCAAAAAGAAUGGAGGUGUUUUUUUUCUUUUUUUUUUUUUUUUUUUGCUUUUCUUUUAGCAAGCGCAAAGAAUGGAGCGGAAAGAAUUGAUUUGGAAUCUCCAAUUCAUAAGGCACCGGCCUUGAUGCAUAGUUUGAAUGGCCAAGGACGGAGAAGGGCUUUUGAAAAGUGGGACCUUUCAAAAGGAACAUUUGACUCGAUUUUUUUUCAUUUCUUUUCUUUCUGUCUUUCUAUUUGUUACGAGGUGGCUUCACAGCAAUGUUUCAGUUUCGCAU